AUACUUUUUAUAUUUCCCAACGAGCUGCCAACACUAUUAUAGCGGAUAUUACUCCUUACCGAAUUUCUCCCGAAGCAUUAGCUAUUAUAAACCAUUUUCUUGAUGAAUUCUUAUACUUACUUGUGGAUUCUUCUUGUUCUCUUUACUUGGAAAAUAUAAAAUUAGCCAUAUUUAAUGUAUUACCUACUCAUUUGGGUAAAAAUUCAAUUAAAGAAGCCGAUUUUGAAUUAAAAACAUUUUUAGAAAGUGGAAAUUUUGAUAAAACUUUAGAAAAAGCUGUUGAAUUAUCUGAUCCAUAUCCAGUACAAAGAGUUUUUGAACAAUUUCGUAUAAAAUGUAAAUAUUAUAGCACUUUAAGUGAACAAAAUUUUUCUAUUAAUGAUCGUGAUCCUAGCACAAUGCCUGGUUUGCAUAAUAGUGAUGGGAUCUAUAUUUCUCCAAGUUUGGCUAUUUAUAUGACUGCUGUAUUAGAAUAUGUUGGUGAACAUAUCUUAGUAUUAGUAGCUAAAGCUUUAAAACAACAAGGUGAUGUAACUGUAGCGAAAGCCAAUGAAGUUUAUUUGGCAUUGACUGAUAGUCAAGUUUUACCUGUAUUUCAACGUACUAGUCUAAAAGAAAAGGUGGAGGAGGCAUUGCCUACACUACCAAAAUCUCCGGAUUCGAAUAUUACAUUAUCACCAAUAUCACCUCAGACUCCUUUAUCAGCAAAUGUUACAGAUGGUAAUAUUACGUUUCGGUCACUAGAAGUGAUUUCACCUAGUGGUCCGAUUAAGGAUGGUGAUAUUAUAUCUCGAUUCGCGGAAACUAACUCACCUAGUAGUCCGACUAAAGUUGGUAAUACUACGUUUCGAUCACCGGAAGCUAUUUCACCUAGUAGUCCAACUAAAGACGAGGCUGUCUCAUCUAGUAGUCCAAAUAAACAAAGUUUUCAUAAUGGAGUGGGUGGAGGACUACGAAAAUUUUCUGUUGAUAGCGCUUUGUGGAAUAAUAGUCCUACAAAAAGAUCAUUUGGAAGGACAAGUUUAGAAUCUAAGAAUGUAGGAGUUCGCUCCCCGAAAAAUAAAUUUAGGGAACGUGAUAUUAGAAGUAUAUCUAGUUUGGAUGACAUAGACAAAGCAAUAAGCUUCGAACACCUAAUUUCCAACAACCAAAAUUUAACAUUGAAAGUCUCUUUGACUUCAAAUAGGAUGAAAACAAUUGAGACUCAAAAACAGGAGCCACGGAAAUUCGAACCUCGUGAACCAGUAACCCGCGAGCGAUUAAUUCCACCAACUAACUCUAAAUCACAAGAUAACGAAGAGGACGAUGAUAUUGACGAGUUUAUAGGCAUAAAGAAGAAGCCUAAAGAAAGUUUGUUUGAGUUUUUGCAAAAUACAGAUCCUGACAGUGUUUUAAAUCAACCAACGGGAAAACUUAAGAGGAAGGAUUCAAAAAUUGAACUUCUUCAAAAACGAUUAUUUUCCAAUAAAUCUGGUUCAUCUCUCGGGCGUUCUACGACUGGUCCGUCUUAUCAUCAUGGCAGGCCUCGUCAUAUUCCUCUUAUCCCUUCCGGAAGAUUGUCAACAUCGGAUAUCAGGUUAUCAUCAUCAUAUAAUACUAGUACUCUUUAUCACAGCAAAUCUUUGGAUCAAUUAAGUGCUCUUUAUAAAAGCGGAUCAAUAGCAAAUAAUAAUACUGAUAACCUUUAUAAUAGGCAAAAGCAGAGAUCUGACUCUGAUUCAUUAGAUUUCAACGAAGAUGAUUAUGAUAUUAUAAAUUAUGAAAAACCAUCUAAACGAUUUGAUACUCAAGAUUUGAUUGAUUUCUUAAACACAUCAUCACCGCCAAAUGAUACAUUUUCAGGAAAGAAAGAAAAGAUAUUUACAAAACUAUUAUCUAAAUUAAAAAUACCGACCAAAGGAAAAUAUAAUAUUGGUUUACAACAAUCUAGUAGUAAUAGCACGUUGAUUUAUAGACCUAAAUAUAUUCAUAUUCAAAUUCCUAAGACAUUACCCAAAGAAGGAACUCAAGAACAAAGUGAUAGUAAACAUAUUCAAGAAAAUCAAGUUAUUAAAUCGAAUGUUAAAUCGAAUCGAUUACCGAUUAGGUCAUCAUCGUUGAAAGCAAGAAAUGAUAUUAGUAAUAUUAAAAACAGAGAUGUUGAUGUUGUUAAAGAUAAAGUUAUUAUCGUUGACGAUAAAGAUGAUAGAGAUAUGGAUAGCAAGAAUAACAAUAAUGAUGACAAUGUGAAAGAAUUCGAACAACCUAAACAACAAACAAUUAAUCAUACUGAUAGUAAUAUUAAUAACAUUGAUGUUAUUAAUGAUAAAGUUAUUAUCGUUGAUGAUAAAGAUGAUAGAGAUGUGGACAGCAAGAAUAACAAUAAUGAUGACUAUGAGAAAGAAUCUGAACAAUCCAAGCAACAAACAAUUAAUCAUAUUGUUAGUAAUAUUAAUAACAGUGAUGCUUUUAAUGAUAAAGCCAUUAUCGUUGAUGAUAAAGAUGAUAAAGAUAUGGAUAGCAAGAAUAAUAAUAAUGAUGACGAUACGAAAGAAUCUGAACAGUCUAAACAACAAACAAUUAAUCAUAUUGCUGAUAAUUUCUUGCAAGAUAUAAUUUUCAUGGAGUCUGUGUUUGAAGAAUCCAACGAUGAAUCAGAACAAAAAUUAAUCCCUGGAUUUACUGAAUUAACUAAAGAUGAUAUGGAUGAAAUAUUGGUCGUAGAAUGGUUAUUAAUUGGUUCCGG